GAGCCAUGCACGCAUAUGACUCAUCCGUGUCACAGUGCCCUCCAUUGCUCGCCACCUGUACAGUGGUGGCUCUCGUUGUGGCUCAGAAAGAACUCAAGCUCACAGCUGAGCUGUCCUAGGACGGUGAUCCACCCUAAAGCACGAAUCAUCGCAGAGGCCGGCCCAAUCAUUAUCGGCGAAGGAAACCUAAUAGAGGAGCAGGCCCUCAUCAUAAACGCCCAUCCAGAUAACAUCAUCCCAGACACUGAAGACCCAGAACCCAAGCCUAUGAUCAUUGGCACCAACAACGUGUUUGAAGUGGGCUGUCAUUCCCAAGCCAUGAAAAUGGGAGACAAUAAUGUCAUUGAGUCAAAAGCGUACGUAGGCAGGAAUGUCAUCCUGACCAGCGGUUGCAUCAUUGGUGCUUGCUGCAGCCUGAACACCUUUGAAGCCAUCCCUGAGAACACAGUGAUCUACGGCGCCGACUGCCUGCGGCGGGUGCAGACGGAGCGGCCACAGCCCCAGACACUACAGCUGGAUUUCUUGAUGAAGAUCUUGCCCAAUUACCACCACCUGAAGAAAACAAUGAAGGGCAGCUCGACUCCAGUCAAGAACUGAGAAGAUGUCGAGAUGGGGCUCCGUCUUGUCACAGGCCCAGUGUGUCAGCAUCGCGCUGACUUUACACUGGAGACGAGUUGGAGGGAGGAGGGUCCCAUUGUCACUGCUGUUAUAAUUUAUAUGGGUCUAUUGUUUCCCUCUCCUUGUUCUGGUAAUGUAUAGACUCGGUUUUUCUUUUGUUAUAUAAAAUAUUAGCCAUGCAGUUACUGUGUAAAAGACUCCCCAUGAUAACAUGUCAUAUUAUGUGCUUAUAUCCUAAUGUAACCGUAUGCUGUAACUAAAUACAAGUCUGGCUACUCGCAUUAACCUUCCCAAA